CGAAAUGCAAAUGGGAAGAAAACAAGUGUCGGAAUCUGUAACUUUUUGAGCUAGUUAGCGCAUUAUUUGUUGGUUUUCUUGCGCCCACCAUACUGGAUGCGAGCGACGCACAGAAAUGAAUAACAGAAUGAUGAUCAAAUGUGAACCCCUGGCUGAGGAAGCGGAAUUGUUCAGAAGUUUGGUGUCGCACGACGAACCGCAUCAACAGCAGCAACAUCAGGAUUUUCGGAUGUUUUGUGCUUAUAAAUUGAAGAUUACAGAAGAUACUGCAACACUGUUGGAAGAACAAGGUAUCGAUAUGGAGUGCCUGCGAAAAAUGCGCAUCGAAGACGUUGACGUACUGUUCGAAGGGAAACCGCUCGGGCCCAAGAUCCUCUUCCGUGAAGCGUUUCUCGAGUGGCGAGAAGAAAUUGGUCUACCCUGCAAAAGUCUGAAGGCACUUUCAGCUCGCAAACGUUCCUCCGAAUCGUCAGAUAGUGAUAACAGUAGUCCACCGAAACAAGCGGCAGCUAUUUCAUCUGCAUCUGCACUGCUCUGGGACGAGAGCCUUCAGCAGCAACACUUUCAGGAACAGCGUAUUAAACAACAGCAACAGGUGUUGGAAAAGGACUCUCUGCCGAACCGCAAGCCAACCGUUUCGUACAGUUCCUUUGGGUGGCCCAUGAACCCGGUCACGCUGAAGGAUAUUCUCAAUAGUAGCCCACACGGUCGGUCAAUUUUGGCCGCCGGUGAGCUUGGCGGACUAAGUAAAUCUCAGCAGUAUCAACUGACGGCCAUCAUUAUUUCCUACCAUAUGGAGUAUAAUGUAAAAAUCACGAUUCCUCAGCUGGAAAAUUAUGCAUGCUGCAUCGUAACACUCUUACCUCAUGAAAAUUCCCUAACCUACUACAUUCCACGCGGUCCCAAUCGACGUACUCAGGGCGGUUCGCUCUAUUCGCGGUUCAUCAAUCAAAAAAUUAGCAAAAAGGCACUUGCCAUCGGCAACUCGGUUGCAGCAUCCUAACCUGUGCGAUGCUCUUGAAUCAGUAUCAUUCCAAGCGUAGAGAUGCUAUACUAGUCACAAUCUCACGGCCGAACCAAAUCCCAACGUGUCCAGUGCGCAAUGCGUUAAGGCGUUAAGGAGGCGUUAAGAAUCGGUUACCUGUACUUAUGGAUCCCUUAAGCGUAUGUGUGUCUGUCAGAUGAAGGAAGGACGUUGAAGCGUUCUAAAACGCUCAAUAUUUGUUGCCGUAGUUUAGUUGCGUAUAUUAUUUAUUCGUCUUUUUUCACCGACCCAUUCCAAGUCCCAAGCGCGAUGUGUUGCCCCGAUGCGAUUUAUGCUUAGGAUUGAUACGCUGGAUACGCUCAUACUCAGUACAAGCCGUCUUAUAGGCAAAACUUUCAACCGCUGGUGCUGGUUGAUGAUUAGAUAGUAAUGACCGUUUAGAACUUAGUUGUUAGACUAGAUCUGCGUGGUGUUCGCAAUGUUAGGGACGAAUGUAAAAGUCUAUUAUCAAUAAUCUCUGGGGGGAGCACAACACGAGUAAACAUCACUACAAAUCGAUAGCUUUCAUCGACAGAGCAUAUACAACGUUAUUAUCUCCUUCGUGAAAGGCUAGAUAACUGGUUGCACAUAUGCCAUACAUUUCAUCAUAAACAGCACCGGCUAUUUUAACAUUUUCAUACUGUCCAAGCAACGCAUAGGAAAAGGGAAGAUGGGAUGGAAAGCAGCCCUUUCUAUCGUACGCCAUACAAAUAAUAAUAUGUGUGGCUCUUUUCAAAUAAUACUUUGGAUGUGAUUUAGUUUACAGUUGAUAUUUUAAGCCUAUUGUUUUGUUUUUAAUUGAUAAGAGGAAUCUCGGGAUAAGAAGACUUUUCUUGAUUUGCAAGUUUGGCUCUCAUGAAAAAGUAUUGUAAUUAUUGUUCGCACCAUGUUGCGCCGACUACGAACAAAACAACAUUUUUAAAAUGCAUAAUAAA